AUGCAACAGCUAUUAAGAUACAUUUCUCUUUCCUCUCUUGUGCAGGCGGAGGCCAGACUUGCUGCGAAGAGAGCAGCUCGUGCUGAGGCUCGGGACAUCCGGAUGAAAGAAUUGGAGCGGCAACAGAAAGAGCUGUCUUACCAUCAGCACUCCUCCUCUAGCAGGAAAUGGGGGCAAAUCCACCAAUGGAUGGCUGAUGCAGAAAAGGCCCGUCAUGGUCAUCAUUCCAGUAGCCACAGUCGACGGGGAUUAAGUGAUGAUACAGCGUCGGUCCGAAGUGUCGGAAGUUACAGGUCUGGUAUCUCCAGUAGUUCCUCUUUGAAGAACUCCCACUCCACUAGUUCUGUAUAUAAUGAUCUUCACAAAAAACCUGUUGGCAGUAGCUCCAAAAAGGAUCUUCUGACUGGAUUGUAUCAUGACCAAAGAAACUACACCAGCUUAAAGAACUCCAAGCCUUCUCCCUCUACUGUCUCUACCUAUACACCACGGGCUCCGUCCAGCAGCAGUUCUACAGGUCUGACGCGCAGCUAUAGUGUGGCCUCCAUAUGUGAUGACGGUCUGUAUGGUUCAUAUAGUUCCAGAGCUCCCUCUGAAUGCAGUUGGUAUUCUUCUGGUGCCAGUUCCACCCGCAGUAGCCCUGUGUCAUCCUCUGAUGACGAUUCUGGCAGCACUGUAUCUCGAGGUCGACGUGGGAGAAGGGAUAGUGUGUUGUCUGAUUUCUCUGAUAUCUCUGAGACGGCUGCUGAUUAUUUCAGCCGCUCUAAUCGCAGAGGCAGUAUUGUCUCUGAUCUUGAUGAUCUGAGCAUCCCAGACCUGGACAGUCUUGAUGAGAAAUGUGACAAGCAGUUUACAGACCCCUACAGCCGGCCAUCCUCUCGAUGUACCACCCCGGCGCUCUCUGCAGCUGCCCUGGCAUCUCUGGGAGGCAGCAGUUCUAGAAGGGGCAGCGGAGAUGCUGGAAGCAUCGUUAUGGAUGCAGAGGCUUCUAUCAGCGAGUUAAGGGACAUCUAUGAUCUAAAGGACCAGAUUCAGGAUGUAGAGGGCCGAUACAUGCAGGGUCUUAAAGAGUUGAAGGAUUCUCUGUCAGAAGUGGAGGAGAAGUACAAGAAAGCCAUGGUGUCCAACGCCCAGCUGGACAAUGAAAAGGCAAACCUCAUCUACCAAGUGGACACACUCAAAGACGUCAUCGAGGAGAUGGAAGAGCAAAUGUCAGAGCUGCGCAGGGAAACGGAGGAGAAAUCAAAGGAGUUAGAGCGGCAGAAGCACACAUGUUCAGUCCUACAGCACAAACUAGAGGAAAUGAAGGAGGGCAUUCGUCAGCGAGAUGAACUUAUCGAGGAGAACCAGAAAAUUCAGCAAAAACUAGAUAACCUCACAAGAGAGGCAUUUGACCUGCAGGAAACUGUUAACUGGAAGGACAAAAAGAUUGCGGCGUUAGAGAGACAGAAAGAGUACUUUGAUUGCAUUAGGAAUGAGAGAGAUGAGCUCAGGGAUGAGCUGGCUGACCUCAAGGGGAAAAGCCGAAUGGGAGAGAAACAUGGGCUGGUCAUCAUACCAGAGGAUACGCCCAACGGAGACGUCAGCCACGAGUCCCCUACCUCAGGCAUCACUGUGGUCACACAAGAGGCAGCGCAGGUGCUGGAGUCAGCGGGAGACGGACCUUUGGAUGUAAGACUACGAAAGCUUGCAGAUGAAAAGGAUGAACUUUUGUCCCAGAUCAGAAAACUGAAGAUGCAGCUGGAGGAAGAAAGACAAAAGCACUCAAAGAUCGACAGUGUUUACACAGAAGGAGAGCGAAUGGAGAACGGCACUGACCUGCAUUUCAUCGAGAUGCAGAGGGACGUCAACAGACAGAUAAGUGAAUACAAAUUCAAGCUCUCAAAGGCUGAACAGGAAAUGGCUACGAUGGAACAAAAUGUAAACAGACUUGAAGGACAGGUGUCCAGAUAUAAAUCUGCAGCAGAUAAUGCAGAAAAGAUAGAAGAUGAACUGAAAGCAGAGAAAAGAAAACUUCAGAGGGAGCUGCGUACAGCCCUGGACAAGAUCGAAGAAAUGGAAAUGACCAAUAACCAUCUCAUAAAGCGGCUGGAGAAGAUGAAAGCAAACAGAAACGCUCUCCUGUCCCAGCAGUGAAGAGAGACUCUCCGACACCAAAACAAAUCCGCUGGCCCUUUACCUUGUUUCCUUGCCUCUCGUGGUAAAAUACAGAUUUACACCCUACUAGGGCAACACUGUGAGGGAGGAAGCCUCUGAACCUUCUCUGAACCCGAGAAUAUUGUACUUCUGUUGGUUUUGUUGUUUUUAAAAGCUUGACUGGGUGCUUUUUCCCCCUCCUCUUUUGUAAGUUGCACGAGUAUAAAAGCGCUUUUUAAACUGUAAAUCGACAUGACUGCAGGGCCCUCGACGUCCGUGUAAAUGCUUACACAGCAAUGUGCCUUCACAGGGAGGACGAGGGUUAUAUGCAUUAUAACACUAUACAGGAAAAGCAUAUAUUUCUACCGGUACAAAAAACAUUAAUGUGUUUAAUAAAGGGUACGGCCAUGAGUUGAACAGUAUAGAGAAUCAAUCAUGUCUGCUAUGGUUUCAAUUUAAGUGUUUUUGUUUUGUUUUUCCAAUAUUUAAAAUAUUUCUUGAAAAUAAAUGUGUAAAUGAAUGCAGUAUGAAUGGGCGGGUGAUUCAUGAAUUGUGAUUGUUUGCGGGGCACAUUGAAUUUUGUUAGUAUUUUUUUUUGUUUGUUUUUUUGAAGUGCUUCGUCACAAUGGACUACAUCAAUUUUACACUAAAUGUAAUGAUUUUAACUCGCAGUAAGAGACCGAGAUGUUUCUACUGUGAUAUUUUGAGAUUUCAAGUCCCAAAUGCCACUUGAUGCCUUUCACAGCGCUGUUGUAUUCAGGUUUGGUGCGACAUGUUAAUCACACUAGAAACCAAUUGUCUUGACACUUCAUGCACACAGUGAUUUUGACUAAAGCAGCUGCAAAGUAUACUGUAAAUAAACUACACGAUUUAC